AGGUUUACUGAGUGUUCUCCUUCCGCACUUGCCAGACUGGGAAACAUGCCAAGAAAAAUAAUAUUUUAUGGUCACUACUUUUAAGAAACUCUGGACUCUUGCGAUUUAUGCAUUUCAGCUCGUUGUGCUUCAUUAUACAGGCAAAACAUCGAUUGAGGUAAUAUGUAUUGUACUUGUGCAGUCAUCAAACUACUUCAGUGAACGUGAUAUGAAUAUAUAUUUAUAAUCAUGAUGGAAGAAAAAAAAAAACACUUGACUCCAUAACUAUUGAAUCAUGAUCCAUUUUUUUCCUACCAUGUAAGAUGUGUCGACAACUUUCAAUUCCAGAGCCCUCUGGCACUUUGAAUUUCUGUCCUUCAGAAUUUCUUAGCCAGUAAAUGAGCGAGACUUUUGCAGUUGAUAUUCAAAAAAUGCUGGAGCAUCUACAUGGGACCAAUCGUACUAAUCUAACCUAUAUGCGCAGCACAAUUCAUUCAGAAUGAUCUUCUUUCCUUUGCACCUCCGUUAUUAUGUUGGUUAGUGGGCAAAUUAAUAAUACCUUAUCCGAAUUUCACUCCUCGGGAUAAUCGUUGUGGUCAUAGAAGAAGCCAAUUUUUGGAAUACGAAUUUUUACUUUAUCCAUUUUGCAUGUAUGUGACUGCAAAAAAUACAAAUGAACUUUCUAACUAUAAAUUUAAAAGCCAAUUCACAACUUUGUUCAGAUAAUCUUUUUGCCUUGAUCAAAAGCUUUCGGAAAGCUUCGAACGAGUAAUAGGUACCAAUUUUCUGUGCACACAACCACAUUUAAGAUAAAAUUUUAAUUUUUAGCGCAAAUUUCCGGGAGUGGAUUCAGGUCAACAUAUCAUAAACGUGCAUGUAUGAUCUGCAAAGAAUACAUCGCUUGCCGGCGGGCAUGUUUUUAAAACAGUGUUCAAGAGUUCAAGGUCGAGUGCAAGUUUUUUUUCGUAGAAUUUUUUGGAAGGUUUUUGUUCGAAUUAUCACAUUCCUAGACGUUCCAAGAGGCCAAUUACGUAGGAAUUUAUAAUCAAGGGAUGCUUUUAUGGACAUGGUUAAGUCAUUUGGUACAAGAUUCAUAGUAACUACGUGACUAAAUCUGUAUCCAACCAAACUGUACCGUUUUCGGGUGGAUUGCGUACAGCUCGUUGCAUGUUAAGAUGCGAAGAAGAGAACGAAUAUUUUGCGCAGUAGGAAAUAUAUUCAUAGAACUCUGCCGGAAUCAUAAUGCUUCAUUUGCUCUCCUGUUUUUGAUGGAAGUCGUGGAACUGUCAGCUGCAGAUGUUGGAGUUAUAUUUUUCGUUGCGCAAUUAGUUGAUGCGUUCUUCGCAUCAAUUUCUGGUUACCUUGCUGAUAGGGUUGAGCUACCUUUUCUUUCAAAGAAACUCGGCCGACGAAAAUCUUGGCACCUUUUGGCAACAGUAUUGUUGUCCGUAGUCGUCCCUCUUUACGCCAACCGCUGUUAUCCCUGUAUUGGUAAUCAUCAUAGCUGGCUUCCAAUCGUCUAUUACGGCUUCUUGAAUUCUAUUUAUGGCAUAUUUGUCAUCAUUAUGGAAGUAAAUCAUUUGUCUUUCAUCGCUACUGUAGCGGAGUCCGUUGAGGAAUAUACAGCUAUAAGCACCUUGAGGACAAUGUUCAGCUUCCUAAGUGGCAUUCUCGUUUACACAGUCGCUUGGGGCCUUCUCGGACAAGACAAAGGCGAUAAUUUGGGACCUCACAGCCUUCCAGAGUUUCUGUACCUUGCGUGCAUUCUUAGUGGAACAGGAGUCUUCUUUGCAGCUUUUUUUCAUCUUGGUUUAAAGGAACCUCAAACACGCGUAAGAAGAAAGAGCACCGUAAAGGGUCUUUUGAAUUCUCCUGGAAUAUUCCUGACUGACUUUGGACCCGAAAAUGGCGACACUAUAAGAAGGAGCAUUGCUUACAAUUUUGUUGAUCUGAUUAUGGCUUCGACUGAAUAUGAAGAAAACCAAAGUGAGAUGGAGGGAGAUGGAAAAAGUAGGAGCCAUGAAUUGCCUAAAAGAAAACGAAGUCUACUUCAGACGUUGGUUAAUGCUCUAUUUUCUGACGGGAAGACUGACGACACUGGUCGAAAUCAGGAUCCGUUAAAAUCUGCCACAGAGGAUACCACAAAGAAUCCAAAAAUUGAGGAUUUAAAAAGACGAUUGGUUUCAGAAGUGCAGCAUCUAGAUCCUGAAAGGAAGAGGAGUCUCUUAAUGCGUGUGUUUGAUGGACUAAUGUUUGGAUUACAGCGGGAAGAGCGAGUGCAAUUAACGUGUGUUAAUGUUACUGGGGAUCAAAUUGCAAAGGACGGUGAAGAAGACGAAUAUGUAACUGGUGUAGAGUUCUUGGAGGCUGGACAAGGAAAGAUCGAAAAUUCCCCUGACGAAGGUGAAUGGACAGUGACCAACGAGGUGGGUCCCCCUGAAGGUAAAAAUAGAAACGAGGAGGCAGAAAUUGACAAAGAGGACCAAAAUAAAAUCAGUCUUGAUGACAUUACUCAGAGCUAUCCGAAACAGGAUUGUAGAGAGGAGGUAAGAGAUGACGGAGAAGACUAGAAUGAAAACAUUCCAGGGACAUCAUUUCGGACCAAACGUAACCAAAGAAAAUAUGGAAUCGUGCAUUUACCAGACGUUGGUGAAUAUAGUCUCUCCAACUCUGGAUUUGAAGAUGACGAAAAUGAUGGCGAUAGAAUAAAGAGCUUUUGUUAUGCAAAAGAAGAAAAGCAAAAAAAGGCUGUAACUUUCUUUUCUUCUGAAUUUUCCGAGCAGCCGUCAAUGAACGAGAUUGAACGUCAGGAUUUAAAUCUUGAUCACACGCCUGAGAAGAAAGUGAGUUUGGAUGUAUGCACUCAGAAUUAUCCAAAACAAGCUUGCAGAGAGGAUGAAAGAAUAGAAACUUUUGAGAGUACAAAUGAUUCGUCAGCUGCAGGAGAAAACCCUGAACUACUUGGCGUCCCUAUUCCUUUGAAAAAUGCAGAACCUAAGAGAAAACCCCCAAAACGAAUCAAAGAUUGGCUGAGGGAUCCAGGAUUGUAUAAGGUGGCUAUUAUUUUUGCAUGUACACGCCAUGCACAGGACUUUACGACCACCUAUUUGCCGCUUUUCCUCACAGAAACAUUGCGAUUUCCUAAGGAAUCUACCGCCUAUUUUCCACUCAUACUCUUGAUCAGUGGCUCUCUAGCGAGUUCAACAUCUAACAAACUAAACAACAAAAUUGGGAGUAAGUGGACUUACCUUUUGGCGGGUUUGUUAGUGAUUGGUAGUGCUGUUUGGAGCUUUUUCCAAACCAUCUCCAUUAAACAGUCAACUUAUGCACCAGUGGUCAUAAUAGGGAGCGGUUUGUCCAUUAUGCAUGUCAUGGCAGUUGUCUUCAUCAUUGAGCUGAUCGGGGAUAGUAAGGAAAACAGUGGAUCAGUGUUUGCCAUUAUCGAUGUGAUCACCAGAGUUUCAAGCGGUUUAAUUUUAAUUGGUAUACAGGAAUUUUACCCAGACGAAAGAACAAGCUCAAACGAUGCAGUUACCAUAUAUGUACGACAUGUGUUUGCAUUGACGACCGGAAUUUUAGCUCUGGUGGGAUCCCUCGUGGUUUUGUUUUUCCAACCGUAAAAGUUUAUCAACAGUACUAGAGUGGGAUGUUGAAAAUCAACCCUGCCAACCAUCGUCUCAUUUUCAAGUUCUUCAAUGUCCAGCUGAAGAAGUAGAGUCAGUCGACCACUCGGACACUUAUCACAAUAACCAUAAAGUUACGGUGCAUUUUUGUUCAGAGAACACAAAACUUUAAACUCGUUGAGAAUUGUAUUUAGUGUAACAGUUGGCUCAAUGGCCUUCCAAAGGUCACGCCCUUAAUUUCGUUUCACACACUUUGAAUCGUAGAUCUUUCUGUUUCAACUAUUAGGCUAGAAUGGAAGAAUUUGUGGAGUUAAUCCUGGUCAGACUACGUUUAUGUUUUACGAGGAAUUUAUUUGGGUGUCAAGGUAGGAGAAUAUCAUGCAUACAGAGGAUUACGGCUGAAGGUUUUUCAAAGUUUGACGUCAUACUUACCUUAGUUUUUAUUAAUGGUUGUGUAGUGUCUUUUGAUUAAGCAGUACUUUAUAAUUUCAAUCUUUGUUAGUUUUUGGUCUUCUUGAUUCAUCAAGGUAAGGACGCAAGUAAAUUAAUUAGUAGACUCUACGUGGAUUAUGGCUAUUGCGUUGUAUUGUAUCGCUUUUUGCUGCGCUAGAAGACAGUGCUUUCAAAGAGGGAAGAAUUUUAUAAUUUUAUGAAAACUAUGACUAAGUUAGACUCCCGCCUUAGUAGCCAUUAAUGGACUUUUUUAAAACCUAAAACUUGAAAAAUAGACUGUGUAUCGUGAAUGGCGAGGAGGAUUGUGUGAUCGAUAUAUUGCACAAUAGCUUGUUGAACUUCUCUACACGA